AUGCGUAGCGGAGGGAAUAAGUAUUUAGCGAGUCUCUUGCGUUGUUAUAGAGAUGAAAGGUGUAAACUUUCUGGGAAAGUUAUACAUGGGUUCAUUGUUAGGAUGGGAAUGAAGAGUGAUACUUAUCUAUGUAAUCGUUUACUUGAUUUGUAUAUUGAGUGUGGUGAUGGGGAUUAUGCACGGAAGGUGUUUGAUGAAAUGUCUGUAAGAGAUGUUUAUUCUUGGAAUGCUUUUUUGACGUUUAGAUGUAAAGUUGGGGAUUUGGGGGAAGCGUGUGAGGUGUUUGAUGGAAUGCCUGAGAGAGAUGUUGUGUCGUGGAAUAAUAUGAUUAGUGUUUUGGUGAGGAAAGGGUUUGAAGAGAAGGCUUUGGUUGUCUAUAAGAGGAUGGUUUGUGAUGGGUUUUUGCCUUCUCGGUUCACGUUAGCUAGUGUUUUAAGUGCGUGUAGCAAGGUUUUGGAUGGUGUUUUUGGUAUGAGGUGUCAUGGGGUUGCUGUUAAAACGGGUCUUGAUAAGAAUAUUUUUGUUGGGAAUGCGUUGUUGUCUAUGUAUGCAAAGUGUGGGUUUAUUGUUGAUUAUGGUGUUCGAGUCUUUGAAUCUCUCUCUCAGCCUAAUGAAGUCUCUUAUACAGCGGUGAUUGGCGGGUUAGCUCGGGAAAAUAAAGUGUUGGAGGCAGUUCAGAUGUUCAGAUUGAUGUGCGAGAAAGGCGUGCAGGUGGAUUCUGUUUGCUUAUCUAAUAUUCUUAGCAUCUCUGCUCCAAGAGAAGGAUGUGAUAGCCUGAGUGAAAUCUAUGGCAAUGAGCUUGGGAAACAGAUUCAUUGUCUUGCUUUGAGACUUGGGUUUGGAGGAGAUCUUCAUCUGAACAAUUCGUUGCUUGAAAUAUAUGCAAAGAAUAAAGACAUGAAUGGUGCAGAGCUAAUUUUUGCUGAGAUGCCUGAAGUGAAUGUUGUCUCUUGGAACAUAAUGAUAGUUGGGUUUGGUCAGGAGUAUCGAAGUGACAAAUCUGUUGAAUUCCUAACGAGAAUGAGAGAUUCUGGUUUUCAACCAAAUGAAGUUACUUGCAUUAGUGUUCUUGGAGCGUGCUUUCGUUCAGGGGAUGUCGAAACCGGAAGGAGAAUAUUCAGUAGCAUUCCCCAGCCAAGUGUUAGCGCUUGGAAUGCUAUGCUUUCUGGUUAUUCCAACUAUGAACACUAUGAGGAAGCAAUAAGCAAUUUCAGACAAAUGCAGUUUCAGAACCUGAAACCUGAUAAAACCACUUUGAGUGUGAUAUUAAGUUCGUGUGCGAGAUUGAGAUUUCUGGAAGGAGGGAAGCAGAUCCAUGGGGUAGUGAUAAGGACCGAGAUUUCGAAGAACAGUCACAUAGUUAGUGGUCUUAUUGCAGUGUACUCCGAAUGCGAGAAGAUGGAGAUAUCUGAAUGUAUCUUUGAUGAUUGUAUAAACGAAUUGGAUAUCGCUUGUUGGAACUCGAUGAUCUCAGGUUUUAGACACAACAUGCUGGACACAAAAGCUCUAAUACUCUUUAGAAGGAUGCAUCAGACUGCCGUGUUGUGUCCUAAUGAAACUUCAUUCGCUACUGUACUAAGUAGCUGUUCAAGGUUAUGUAGUUUGCUCCAUGGAAGACAGUUUCAUGGACUGGUAGUGAAGAGUGGAUAUGUAAGUGAUUCCUUUGUUGAAACCGCUCUUACCGACAUGUACUGCAAGUGUGGGGAAAUAGAUUCAGCUCGACAGUUCUUCGAUGCUGUUUUGAGGAAAAACACGGUUAUUUGGAAUGAGAUGAUACAUGGGUAUGGUCAUAAUGGACGAGGUGAUGAAGCUGUUGGUCUCUACAGAAAGAUGAUUUCAUCAGGAGAGAAGCCUGAUGGGAUAACCUUCGUUUCUGUCUUGACUGCUUGUAGCCACUCAGGACUGGUGGAAACCGGGCUUGAGAUACUUAGUUCGAUGCAGAGAAUUCAUGGAAUUGAGCCGGAGCUGGAUCAUUACAUCUGUAUAGUUGAUUGUCUUGGAAGAGCUGGCCGGCUUGAAGAUGCAGAGAAGCUUGCAGAAGCUACACCAUACAAAAGUAGCUCUGUUCUAUGGGAGAUUCUACUAAGUUCAUGUAGAGUCCAUGGAGAUGUGAGCUUGGCUAGACGAGUUGCAGAAAAACUAAUGCGUCUGGAUCCUCAGAGCUCAGCAGCAUAUGUGCUGCUAAGCAACACAUAUAGUUCUUUGAGACAGUGGGAUGAUUCUGCAGCUCUUCAAGGAUUAAUGAACAAGAACAGAGUUCAUAAAACUCCAGGUCAAAGCUGGACCACAUAUGGCAAUGAUUUGGACUCAGGGUUUCGAAAAUAG